AUGAAGAACGAAUCUUUGGUCUUGAUCAACAGCACGUCACUAAACACGACGCUCAAGGAAACGGUCGACGCUUCGUUUAUACUUUACAGAAUUCCGGCUGGUAUUCAGUUUGUGCUCUGUGGACUCGCUCUCUACGCGUUCUAUCGAUUACCAAAUGUUCGUAAAGUAAUCAAUUAUCCUAUUAUCGGUUUGGUUGCGUCGGAUAUCUUACGAGCCGUCUUGACCUUGCUUUCCAUGCCGUUUCGUUUCAUGCAAUACGGCAAUCCUUCAAUUGGCGAACAAAUAUACUGCGAGUUCUUCAGAUAUGCAAACAACGUCCAGUUGUCUUGGUCUUCCUGGACUCUCGUCAUAAUUACCUAUAGUCGUUAUGACGCCGUUGCAAACGUCUUCGAUCCAAAAUUUAACAAAAGACGCUUUUGGACACUCACCGUGACGAGUUGGAUCGUGUCGGCUCUUACAUCUCUACCUCCUAUUAUGGGAUGGAGCUCUUACAAUCUUAGAAGGAUGAAUGACAUGUAUAUCUGUACUACCGGAUCGAAUGGAAAGGAUUUGGCAAGCGCCACUUUUCUUCCAUUUUUCUAUUUCGUCAACUACGUUGUUCCUUCGAUUCUCGUCUUUAUACUGCUUUCCUGUAUUGCUCGUAUCGCCGUCAAAAUGGAGAAAAAACGCCAGACUUCUUCAUCUAACACGAGCAAAUGGAUCGUCGUAUUGCCAGGUUUCUCCCAUCCGUCGUCUUCAUCUAGCAAGCAAAACAAGCAAGAGUCAACAGGUCAUAUUAAGAAGAUCAUUCGGUCUAGAUCAUUCCUCUACAUCGUCUUGAUCGUCGUGACCAACGUAUUUUUCUUAGCGCCAUACGUGGGGAUGACUUCCUAUGAUACCGUCAGCCGUGGUCUAGGACUACGUACGAAAAUAUCACGCGCUGUAAUACAAAUCACAACAAUAUUGUUCAUGGUGAAUUAUAAUGUUAACUGUUUGCUGUACAUAUUUUGGAUCAAGAGUGUUCAGCAAGCGAUUGCUGCUUCGUGUUGUCGCAGAAAGAAGCCCGCGGCGGCAGCAAGAGUUAUAUAUAGGAAUAACGUCUAG